UACUGGAUAAUUGUUUGGCCUCUGCUUCAGUAUUAUUUUUUUUUUUUCAUGAAGAGAACUUUGUCUUGCAAAAAAAUGCAUCCUGAUUAUAACCGAUGUGCGACGUGCGUGUGCGAGAUUAUCUUUUUUGGUCUGCGGAUCAAGCUCGGUCGGCGGAUUAUCUUGGUUUUCUCGUGGCUCCCGAUGAUUGAAUUGUUACAUAUGUAAAGUUUCAGCCUUGUCUGAGCAUAAAUGCUGAAAAUCUUUAUUCUGAGGGAGCUUCGAUCUUGGCGAAUUUAUUGUUCAUCUCGAUUGCAUUUUCCUCGUGGCGGGAAUAACCCUGAAGAAUUUUGUAAUAUAUGAGACGCCAUGGGUCGAAGGCCCGCGAGAUGCUACAGGCAAAUCAAGAACAAGCCGUAUCCAAAGUCGAGGUACUGCAGAGGUGUCCCUGAUCCCAAGAUCAGGAUCUACGAUGUGGGCAUGAAGAAGAAGGGGGUCGAUGAGUUCCCGUUCUGCGUCCACCUCGUCUCCUGGGAGAAGGAGAACGUGUCCAGCGAGGCCCUCGAGGCCGCGCGCAUCGCCUGCAACAAGUACAUGGCCAAGUUUGCAGGAAAGGACGCCUUCCACCUCAGGGUGCGCGUCCACCCCUUCCAUGUCCUCCGCAUCAACAAGAUGCUUUCGUGUGCCGGGGCCGAUAGGCUCCAGACAGGGAUGAGAGGCGCCUUUGGCAAGCCUCAGGGGACCUGCGCCAGGGUCAGCAUCGGCCAAGUCCUCCUCUCCGUCCGAUGCAAGGACACGAACGGGAACAACGCCCAGGAGGCUCUUAGGAGGGCCAAGUUCAAGUUCCCGGGGAGGCAGAAGAUUAUCGUGAGCCGCAAGUGGGGAUUCACCAAGUUCAGCCGAGCGGACUAUCUUAGGUGGAAGCAGGAGAGCCGGAUCGUCCCCGACGGAGUUAACGCGAAGCUGCUGGGGUGCCACGGCCCUCUAGCUAAUAGGCAGCCCGGGAGGGCUUUUCUCGCAGCAGUGAAUUGAAAAAUCUGCCGCCUAACCUUUGAGGAAGCAAUUCUUCAAAGUGGUUCUUUGUUUUUGAGACUUUGAUUUUUGCUAUUAGGUAAUUGUUUCCGUCUGCUGGCCCGGGGAUUCUGCUUUGAGCUUUGCAGUGAGGCUUUCUUUUUGGUCGAAAA